AUGUCAGCAUUACUUUCAGUGGCAGACAAGUUUUUUAUAGAAGUACCAAAAGCACCUAAUUUUUUGGUUCUGUAUUUGUAUCUUAAACAAGAGAAGUCUGAUUUCUGGGUAGAAAAUUUGACAACUCAUGAACAAAAAAUGAUGUAUGGAAAUAUUCAUGGUGCAUACAAAAAGGCUCUUUAUAAAGCAUUACAGAAUAAAACAAAAUCACAACAUUUAAUCGAAUUGCUUGAAGAUUUUGUUAAAGAUGAUGAUAACAAGCAAUAUGAAUUAGAUGAUUUACAAGAAAUUGAUAGUCUGAAUGAUGAAAAAGAAAAUAAUAAUUUUAUGAUUCUUUAUAUACAAAACUCAAAAAUACAUUAUAGUAGAUGUCAUCCCAAAGGUACCAAAUGCUUAAAAUUGGCAUAUGAAGUAUUAAAACCUACAGCAAAUCAAUAUCGAUGCAAGAAAUGUGGUAGUUUGGGCCAUUACCAGAAAAAUUGCAGGAUACUUAAUUUUGUUGAUAUAAAAUGUUAA